GUCUCGUGAACUUCCGGGAAAACAACGCGUGUGUGUCGCAUCUCCGUCAGAUGCUCGUGUUUUCUGUCACUCACGUCGCAUUUAACUCCGCCACAGCAGUGACGUGCUUCGCGGCGGAGUCGUGGACGGACGCCGUGGCUGACUUUUAGCUCCGGACGUGUUCCAGUAACCAGUAAGGAGUUUAAAAACUGUCUCGUCACUUUAGUUGACACCGUUUCUGCGACAUCGGAGCGCGCGGCGUUAGCUAACGGUUGUCCCGGUACCGGCGUGACUGCACCUGUGGCAGUCCUCGGUCACCCUCCGUCGUCAUGGUCCACGGCAGCCUGGAGAAGAUCAUUGCGCUGCAGAGAAACCCCGCAAACAUCAGAAACCUGUGCAUUCUGGCACAUGUCGACCAUGGCAAAACUACCCUGGCUGACUGUUUAGUGGCAAGUAAUGGCAUCAUAUCCAGUCGACUGGCUGGAAAGCUGCGGUAUCUGGACAGCAGAGAGGAUGAACAGGUCAGAGGAAUCACCAUGAAGUCCAGUGCCAUCUCUCUGCACUACGCACACGGAGGUCAGGAGUAUUUAUUAAAUCUGAUCGACUCUCCCGGUCACGUGGACUUCUCCUCCGAGGUCUCCACUGCCGUCAGGUUGUGUGACGGUGCCAUUGUCGUCAUAGAUGCUGUGGAGGGAGUGUGUCCACAGACCCAGGUUGUGUUGCGUCAGGCGUGGCUGGAAAACAUCCGGCCAGUUCUCGUCAUCAAUAAGAUGGACAGACUCAUCAUGGAGCUGAAGCUCUCUUCACAGGAGGCCUACACUCACCUGCAGAAGAUUCUGGGACAGGUGAACGCAGUGACGGGAAGUUUGUUCACAUCUAAAGUUCUUGAGGAGCGAGCGGAGAAAGACAAGGAGGAGGAGGAGGAGGAGAAAGAGGGUGAGACGGCAGCAGACGGUGACCAGGUUUACAACUGGAGCGCCGGACUGGAGGAUGCCGACGACUCCCACCUCUACUUUUCUCCCGACCAGGGGAACGUGGUGUUUGCCAGCGCCAUCGACGGAUGGGGCUUCAGUAUCCAGCAGUUUGUCCACAUCUACAGUCAGAGGAUGGGUAUUAAAGCCGAGGUGCUGCUCAAAACCCUGUGGGGAGAUUUCUACCUCAACGCCAAAGCCAAAAGGAUCAUGAAAGGAGCUCAGGCCAAAGGAAAGAAGCCACUGUUUGUGCAGCUUGUGCUGGAUAAUAUCUGGAGUUUAUAUGACGCCGUUGUUACAAGGAGAGACAAGGAGAAGGUGGAGAAGGUGAUGACAUCACUCGGGGUAAAGGUGAUGGCCAGGGACUCGCGACACUCGGACCCCAAAGUCCUCCUAUCUGCCAUCUGCAGCCAGUGGUUACCGGUCUCAGACGCUGUCCUGUCGAUGGUGUGCGAGAAGCUUCCCAGUCCUUUGGACAUGGCAGCCGAGCGCGUGGAGAAACUGAUGAGUGUUGGAGCUCGACGAUUUGAUUCGUUACCCGAAAAGACUCGGGAACUUAAAAGAGCGUUCCUUCAGUGUUCCAGUGAGGAGAACGCUCCCGUCAUCAUCUUCGUGUCCAAGAUGUUUGCUGUGGACGUCAAGGCCCUGCCUCAGAACAGACAGAGGCCGUUAACCCAGGAGGAGAUCAGUCAGCGUAGAGAACUCGCUCGACAGAGACACGCUGAAAAGCUGGCAGCCGAUCAGAUGGCAGCAGCAGAGGGCAACAAAGACCACGGCCAACCUGCCGGACUCGGCACAGCUAAAAUGGAGAGUCUGACAUUGAAGGAGUCGAAGCCGGAGGAGGAAGAGGAGCAGAGGGAGACCUUUGUCGCGUUUGCCCGCGUCUACAGCGGCGUGGUCAAGAAAGGACAACGGGUCUUUGUGCUGGGACCAAAGUACGACCCCGCCCAGGGCCUGAGCACGUUGCCGGAGAAUUGCACUGCUUCAGACUGUGCGACUGAGGUGCCUCAUCUGUCCCGUUGUUCCAUGGAGAACAUCUAUCUGCUGAUGGGUCGAGAGCUGGAGGAGCUGGAGGAGGUGCCUGCAGGGAACGUCCUGGGUCUUGGUGGUCUGGAGGAUUUUGUGUUGAAGUCGGCCACUCUCUCUACGUCCGCUGCCUGCCCGUCCUUCGCUCCGCUCAACUUUGAGGCCACGCCCAUCGUACGGGUCGCCAUAGAACCCAAACAUCCAAGUGAGAUGCCAAAGCUGGUGCGUGGGAUGCGUUUGUUGAACCAGGCCGACCCCUGUGCCGAGGUUCUGAUCCAGGAAACAGGAGAACACGUCCUGGUCACUGCCGGUGAGGUUCAUCUACAGCGCUGCCUGGACGACCUCCGAGAGAGGUUUGCCAAAAUUCAAAUCGCCGCGUCCGAGCCCAUCAUUCCAUUCAGAGAGACGGUGGUGCGUCCUCCUAAAGUGGACAUGGUGAACGAAGAGCUGGGCAGGCAGCAGAAGGUAGCCAUCAUUCACCAGGUGAAAGAAGAGGCCUCACAGAGCCGUUUAUCAGACAACCUACAUGUGGACCCCAACGGUCUGGUGACCCUCACCACCCCUAACAGACUGGCCACUGUCGGCGUACGGGCAAUUCCGCUGCCACAAGAGGUGACCACUCUGUUGGAGAGGAAGUCAGAGCUGAUUCGGACCCUGGAGCAGAUGAACUUGUCCCUGAGGGAGGGGAAGAAUCUGGACAUCAGUGUCGGCACCAUGGAGGCCAUCGCCGGACUGAAGGCCCAGCUGGAGAACCUGCUGCAGGGGAGGAGGUGGAGGAGCGCUGUGGAGCGAAUCUGGGCUUUUGGUCCUCGCAGGUAUGGUCCAAACAUUCUGCUGAACAGUGUUGAGGGCUACCAGAGACCGUCAGUUUGGCAGUGUCUGAACCGUGGUGGUGAAGUUGGCGAGGCCGGAGCUCAGGCUGCAGUUCUGCGAGACUUUGACAGCAGCAUCAUCAGCGGCUUCCAGCUGGCAACGCUGUCGGGGCCCAUGUGUGAAGAGCCACUGAUGGGGGUUUGCUUCUCCAUCGAGAAAUGGGACAUCCAGUCCUCAGCCCCAUCUCAGAAUCAGGACUCGCCACUGGACAUAUCUAAUGAGGGUUUAGCAGAAGUUCAUGAGGCAUCUCCAGCAGCAGCAGCAGCAGCAGCAGCAGGUCUGAGCCAGGCCAGACGGAGGGCAGACGCUGCCUUGGCCGAUUGCUACGGUCCGGUUUCCGGUCAGCUGAUCGCUGCCACGAAGGACGCCUGCCGUCACGCCUUCCAGGCUCAGCCCCAGAGACUCAUGGCUGCCAUGUACACCUGUGAGAUCAUGGCCACCGCUGAGGUGCUGGGCCGAGUGUACGGUGUUCUGGGGAAGCGCGAGGGCCGCGUCCUCAGUGAAGAGAUGAAGGAAGGGACGGAGAUGUUCAUCAUCAAGGCUGUUCUGCCCGUGGCUGAGAGUUUCGGGUUUGCCGACGAGAUCCGCAAGAGGACGAGUGGACUGGCCAGUCCACAGCUGGUCUUCAGCCACUGGGAGGUGAUUAGCAGUGAUCCGUGCUGGGUUCCCACCACUGAGGAAGAAUACCUGCACUUCGGCGAGAAGGCGGACUCUGCCAACCAGGCCCUGAAAUACAUGAACGCCGUGCGCCGCCGCAAAGGCCUCUACGUGGAGGAGAAGAUCGUGGAGCACGCGGAGAAGCAGAGGACGCUCAGCAAGAACAAGUAGAAACCGAGGAAUCGCCCGCAGGACCACGCAGGACCUCGCAGGACCUCGCAGGACCUCGCAGGACCACGUAGGACCUCGCAGGACCACACGCCUGCGCUCUCAGGAACAAACGUCACUCUUUUGGUUUUUCUGCAAAUCAUGGGGAAACUUUGUUUUCUGUAGCAGGAACAAUGAAGAAAGACGGCAAAGAUCGACAAACCAACGCGAUCGUUUACUUCACUGCAAAUCAUGGACAUUUUACACGUGUGUGUUAAAUUAA